GCGCGCUGUUGUCCGCUCGCUCCCGCGCCGCCUGCCCGUGCCUGCCUGCCGGCAGCGGGGCGCGCGCGGCGUGUGGGGCUGGCACGCGCGCUGUUGUUAUUGGUGCCGCCGGCCGCGGCAGGGGGAGGGGGAGCGGGCGGGCGCCUCAGUCAGUGAGUUCUUUAAAGAUGGCUGGAGCGGUGGCGGCUGCCGCGACUCCUGUGUACUGCGUGUGCCGGGAGCCCUACGACGUGAGCCGCUUCAUGAUCGAGUGCGACAUCUGCAAGGACUGGUUUCACGGCAGCUGUGUUGGGGUAGAGGAGCACCAUGCUGUUGACAUUGAUCUAUACCAUUGUCCCAACUGUGCAAUUCUCCAUGGACCUUCUCUAAUGAAGAAGAGGAGGAACUGGCACAGACAUGACUACACAGAGUUGGACGAUGGUUCCAAACCAGUGCAGGCAGGAACACGGACCUUUGUUAAACAGCUGCGGGCUCGCUCUUUCCCAAGUGCUGAUGAAGUAAUUUUAAAAAUGCAUGGAAGCCAGUUGACACAAAGAUACUUGGAGAAACAUGGGUUUGAUGUUCCCAUUAUGGUUCCUAAAUUAGAUGGUCUGGGGCUCAGACUUCCUCCGCCAACUUUCUCCGUUUUAGAUGUGGAACGCUAUGUAGGUGGCGACAAAGUGAUAGAUGUAAUAGAUGUAGCAAGACAAGCAGACAGUAAAAUGAAGCUCCAUAAUUAUAUUAAAUAUUUCACAAAUCCUGACCGACCAAAAGUAUUGAAUGUGAUCAGCCUGGAAUUCUCGGACACAAAGAUGUCUGAAUUAGUGGAAGUACCAGAUAUUGCCAGAAAGCUUUCAUGGGUGGAAAAUUAUUGGCCAGAUGAUUCCGUCUUCCCUAAGCCUUUUGUUCAGAAGUAUUGUUUGAUGGGUGUCCAGGACAGCUAUACCGAUUUUCAUAUCGACUUUGGAGGAACGUCAGUUUGGUACCAUGUUCUCUGGGGUGAGAAGAUAUUCUAUUUGAUCAAGCCCACGGAUGAAAAUUUGGCUCUGUAUGAGUCUUGGAGUUCCUCUGUAACCCAGAGUGAAGUAUAUUUUGGGGACAAAGUUGACAAAUGUUACAAAUGUGUUGUGAAGCAAGGACACACUUUAUUUGUUCCAACAGGCUGGAUUCAUGCUGUGCUCACAUCUCAGGAUUGUAUGGCUUUUGGAGGAAACUUUUUGCACAACCUCAAUAUUGGCAUGCAGCUCAGGUGUUAUGAAAUGGAGAAGAGGCUAAAAACCCCAGAUCUUUUCAAAUUCCCUUUCUUUGAAGCCAUCUGUUGGUUUGUCGCCAAAAACUUACUGGAAACAUUGAAAGAACUGAGGGAAGAUGGUUUCCAGCCUCCAAGCUAUUUAGUACAAGGAGUGAAGGCUUUACUUACUGCUUUAAAAUUAUGGAUGAAAAAAGAACUUGUAACAGAACAUGCCUUUGAAAUUCCAGACAACAUUAGGCCUGGGCAUCUCAUAAAAGAGCUCUCAAAAGUGAUUCGUUCUGUAGAGGAGGAAAACAGCAAACUAGUUAAAACUCAGGGAAUUCUCGGUGUGUGUCCAACUUCACGGUCUUCGCAUGAAACAACUUCGCCUCACCACUCCAGACGAAGGGUGAGGAAACUGCGAGAUCAUGCCACCAAAACUCCUUCCAAUCUGGACAUCCUUGAACUCCACACUAGGGAGGUACUGAAAAGGCUGGAGAUGUCACCUUGGGAGGAGGAUACCGCAAGCUCGAAACUGAAUGGGAGAUUUAACAAGCCCUUUCAGCCAUCUUCUACAGUACCUGAAUGGCGAACAAAAGACAAUGAUCUUCGCCUUCUGCUCUCAAAUGGAAGAAUAAUUAGAGAUGAGAGACGCCCAUUUACUGAUCGAAGUCUUUACACAGCAGAUAGUGAGGAUGAAGAUGACAGAACAAGGUCAAAAAAGACGACUGUUAAGGUAGAAGACCAGCCCUCAGGGUCUGAAGGAGAAGGGAAUGCAGAUGCCCAGAAACCACUGAACAUGUUCUUUGAAAGUGUGAAAUCAGAACUCAGGAAUGGAUCCUCAGAGUACUCUGAUAUUUCUGAUUCAGAAGAAUCUGAGCCUGAUUGCACUACACAGCAGAAGGAUUCCUCCACAGAGGAGUCGGAAAGCUCAGGUGAUGAAGAGAAACAGGAAGUAACAUCCAAUUUCAAAGAGGACUCUAAGGUCAUGAGAGACUUUUGUCAAAAUACCCAGAAGCCAUCCAGAAACGAAACUCCCAGUAAAAAGGAAUGUCCUACCUCGACAAGUACAGAAGAAGAAGCUAUUCAGGGCAUGCUUUCUAUGGCAGGAUUGCACUAUACUACAUGUUUACCAGGUCAUACUCAAAGCACAGACUGCACAGAUAAAAGAACCUCUCUUCAGGAACACAGAAGCUACCCCAGGAGUCGGCAUAAAGACAGACAGCCAUCUCAGAGCCACAAAACAGUAGAAUGUGGUAGGUCCAUGAAGGAAGAAGAAGGAGACUUGGGGACUUCGGGAUGGACUAGACACCUGAAUGAAGCUUCGAGGAUUACCCCUCAGGAUACCAGUAAAACUCAAAAAUAUAUCAAGAAAGAGUGUGCAUCAGAAGCCAAUCAUAAGGUUCAGGAAAACAGAAGUAUAAUCCACAACAACAGCUUGAGUUUUCAGCAUGGCAAGUACACUCGAGACUCCAAUCUAAUUCAAGGAGAAUGUCGGCUGAGUGACGGCAGCCUUAGCCCUGAUAGGCCCUAUGGUGAAACAUCCUUGUCUGUACCACUUCAUCCAACAAAGAGGCCAGCAUCAAAUCCACCCCCUAUCAGCAACCAGGCGACAAAAGGCAAACGUCCAAAGAAAGGAAUGGCAACUGCUAAGCAGCGCCUUGGGAAGAUCUUGAAGCUGAACCGAAAUGGCCAUGCACGCUUCUUUGUUUAAUGUAGCUGCUACUUCUACUACUGCUGUCUUUCCUACACAGACCAGUAUUGAGGUCAACAGAGCCUGGAGCUGCUGUUAUUCCUCUGCUUGAAGCAGACUUGCAUGUACCAUAUAAAACACUGCCUGAUGAACAAAAACGAGGAAAAAAAAAAAAAAAACCAACAAAAAAAAAAACAACCCAAUGCUGCAUUUUCACUGUGCCACACCUGCUCAGCAAUAACCAUAUGGGAAUGGGGAAAUCUUCAGAGAGACAUGGACUGUGAGAAACAGUCUCUCGUCAGGGCUUGAAUAUCAUUUGUUGCUGGUAGUUUCUGACCUAAUUAAUGAGAGGAAGAUGAUGAAGGUGGUUUAUCAAUAAUUUAUUUCUGAUAGAUUUUGACAACUUUUAAAUUCAUUUAAGAAACCUAUUUAUUUGGAAGGCUUUUUUUGUGAGUUAUUAAUUUAGAUUUAAGAAUGUGAAAGUUUUUAAUUGUUUUGAUAAUGUAUGUUUGGUGCAGUGGAGAGCCACAUUAAUUGUGAUUAGUCUGGACUCCUAAAUUUGGUAUUCAGGUUGUAGUCUUACAUAGGGGUGAGAUGCAUUAUUAAUUAUUUUUUAAAUUAAGGCAUAUGGAAUCUUAUUUUUUUUCCCUGCUUUUUGUAAGCUGUUGGCUGGGCUUCUGUUGACUUGCAAGUUGCAUAUUCUCUGCCAGCUUGAUUAUUUUUUGACCUGUCCUCUUUAAUACAGAUUUAUUUAUUUGAUGAACUAAAGAGACUCCUAAAGACAGAAGAAUCUUCUUAUGUCAGUCCAGUAGCUAACUUGUUUUAAACUGCACCCCUUUCCUCCAAAUUGGAGAGCAUACUUUUCCUUCUGAUGAUCUGUCUGUGAUGAUUUUCUUCUGUAAAAAGACUCCCUGAAAUUGUAUUUGUACAGGUUACUUAAGAGUUGGUACAAAGGAGGCAAACGUAUCUUUUUGGAGGAACGGGGACAUCAGUUAAGAUAAAUGUUUCUUCAGAAUAAUUACUCUGAAGUAACUCAUAAGAUAUACAUUGCAGUCUUAAGAUUUGGCGUACUACUUAAUGUAGCAUGGAAGAAGCAUUAAAAUAUUAUUAUUGUACUUUAAACACAUUUUACUGAAGAGUCAGGAAGGCAGGAGAAUGUGUGUUGCUUUCAAAGCUGGGUGAAACAGCCAAUUAAAAGUCUUAACUGGUGCAUAUAUAAGCAUUAAAGUAGCUUACUGGUAUCAGAAUGCUCAUUUGUGUCAGGCUUCAUACUGAGCUGAUAGCAAAUGCCAAUUCUGAAUUAUUGUAAAUACUUUUGAUUUAAAAUUUGUAUUUUUCUGUAAUAUAAAAUUAAAUAUUUAACUUUUGGGGGCUGGGGAUGAAGGCGGAAAGGGGAAUACUUUUACUUGAUUCUGGAAAAAGGGCAUUUUGUAGGGUCCAGCCAAAAUGUAAACAUUAAUAUGCUGGUGACAACAAUAUUGUUGGUUGUUUGGGGUUUAUUUUUUGGUUGCUAAGAGUAAAAAUACUCAGGCAUAGUUCUCCAAGUCAUUGAAUUGAUUUAACUUUCCAUACCAGUCUUUCCUUCCUCCAUAUUCUAUACUGGAAUUGUUUUCUCUUGUUGUGGUUUAAAAACAAACUCAGUUGGACUUUCUAGAACAUUUGUGCAGAAUUAUUUUAUCUAGGCUAGAUGAUGAAUGACUUUACAAAUUUAUGGAAGUAGUUCUGAUGUCAAGUGUUUUUGAUUGUUGCAGGGUCAGAGCUAUUUAGCAUUAUGUUAUCCUGUUUCUGAACUGAGAAACAUCAAAACAUAAUGCGAUUGCAAGUAAGUCAGGUAGCUUUCAUGUCUUUACUUUCUCUGGAGCUUAAAAACUGUAACUUCUUGACUUUAUAGUUUUUUGUGUGUGUGCUUAUGGGUGAAUUUUUUUAACCUUUUUUUGUUUUCUAAUUAUGGUUUCACAAAAGUGUGUUUUCAGUCUGUUUUGAUUUGUUGGGGUUUUUUUAAUUUACUGCAAGCUAUUAGCCUUGUUUAGACUAUUGGGAACGGAGGUAACAGGAUUUCUAAAAAGCAGAAGAUAAGCUAAGAGGUACUCUACAGGUGCUGAAAGUCACUAGGAGUACUUGCUGUUCUCAGGUGCUAUGUUUUCCAGGUGGAAAUAAUUAAAAGAGAAUAUUUUAACUGUCUUUAAUAUGUUCUCACCAAAGUAAGUCAAAGAAAUAAACCAUGUUGUCAAUAUUAGGUAAAAUUAUAUAUCCAUAUAAAUAUUCUCUGUGCUUACGCUUGAGCAAAUGGAUUAAUGCCUGCCAGGCUUUGGAAACUGUUUUAGCUUUAGCGUAUUGAACCAAACUGUUUCCUUCUUGCUGGCUGUAUAAUUUUUAAGAAAAGUAAAAUUCAGUUUAGGGCCGGAAUCAGAUUCAGAACAGAAUGAAGAAUGAGCUCGCUCUCCUUAAAGGCAGUUUUUUAAGAAUACUUAUCUGAAAUAGAAGUAUGCCAGAAUAGAAUCUGGAGUAAGGAAUUUGAAAAUAUGGAGUAUGCUUUCUUGUACCCGUAACUGGCUUAUACAAAGUCUCUUUUCUGACCAUCUGCAUUAUUUAUCUGUAUGUUACAGUUUGAACACAGAUGUGGCUGGACCCAUAUAUAUUAUUUCUUCUUGAUUUUAUUCUUUCACUACUCUGUUUUCUACCUUUUUUUUCAAAGUGGCUCUCCACUGUCAUGAAUUUAUGUAAUAGUCUCUUCACAGGCUGUCAACAGGCAAGGUUCAUUCCCAUUUUCUUCAGAUAUCCAUGCUUCCAGCAGAAGUUAAUUCUGAUGUUUCACCUCAGAAUAAGUAACACAAAAGAAAUUGCCAUGAUGAGCAGUAUUAAUAAAAAAAAAAAAAAAAGAAAAAAAAAAGAAAAAAAAUGGGGGAAAAAAGAAGAAAAAAGAAGUCUCCUGGUAGCUCAUGAAGAGGAUGUAGUGACCUCACUUGUUUUGUGUACUUGUAUGUAGGGAUAAAUUUAGAUGAAAACACUACUGCACCAAUCUUUCUGUAGAUGGACUGAACCUUGUGUUGUUGUAGUGGAGAGAAAAAGCCCUAUUUUUUUUCUUGCUGUUUCACUUGGGGUGGAAGAGGGAGGGAGUAGGGAACACUGACUGGACAACAAAGAGAAUUAAGCCCACUAUGGUAACUCGUUUUCAAGGAUAAUCUUUUUUGAAAAGUCAGAGAACUUGGAUUUGGCAUAAAACUUAAUAUUUAUUUUUUUUUUUUUUUUACACAGAACAGUAGGAAAUAUUGUAGGGGUUUUCCCAUUCUCUAAGUUCUCACGUUCCUGCAAUUGGAGAAAAAAAAAAAGAAACAAGCAUGAAAAUGGAAAGGCCACCUAGAAACUAUAUCAAAGACUCUUCCAGCAACUUUCCCUUUUCUUCUUCUACUAUACUUGCUAAUAAACCCUGGCUACAAGGUAGCCUUUGUUGACCUCUGAGGUAGAUUACCUAUGCAACCUAUAAUACUCUACAUGAAUCCAUUCUUAAAGACAAUUUUGAAAGGGUUAGAUGUUGAGUUAAAAUUGUUGCUUUCUGAUCACAUGGGCCAUUUGGGGGUUUUGGUUUUUUUGGUGGUUGAAGUGCUUGCAUUAUCUUUAGUAGAGAGAUAAGAGCACAGUGUCAUCACAUUUUAGAAGCUUCAGCUUUGCUAUGUGGCAAAAGCUACCUUCAUUCAUAAGGCCUUUAAACUGUAAAUGUUGAAAAUUUUUGCAGGGUUUUGGAGUCAGAGCUGGUGUGAAUCUUUCUACCCCCUUUUUGGGAAUUGUGGAGACUGAGCAGAACCGAAGCUAGAACGACAUGGUACUACAAGCCUAUAACUAGUGCCCUGUUCAGGCUCCACAUGUUCAUCUAUCCCUUCAGACCCCCACCAUGACCCCCCAGAUCAGUGUCUUUCCAGAGUUUCAUUCAUGUAAUACUUCCAUUAAAAGCUGUUUGUAGCUCUGGGGUUGAGUGAGCCCAGAGCUACUCUUUCACAGAAGAAAUAUAAAUGGAACCAAGGGCCUUACUAUUUGCGGUUAAACAAGAUUAAAAGCUGCAACAUCCAUUUUUCCAAAAAAUAAAAACCCAACAAAAAAAACCCACCCCAACAAAAAGCACCCUAUUUGUGGGAGCGUGUGAGUGAUAAAUCAUGCAGUGGAUGGGAAAUAUAAGUAGCACUGAUAAGGAAAUGCAUGUUCUUCAUAGACUGCAUUUCUAUUUGGAAAAAAAGACUUUUUCUACUUUUAAUAUAAAUUAAGCCAUAAGAGUUUCAUGCUUUGGGAAGGGAAUGAAAGGGAUCACUUUUAAGAGAUUAUAUUGAUAUGUAUUGUCACUUCUGCUGGGAAAUGUCUAUUGCUGCCAAUGCUUUGGUGAAUCUUUUUUUUAAAAAAAACCAUGAAAUUUGAAAAAAAAAGAAAAAAAGAAAGGGGCUAGUUCUUGGCUAUAUUUACUAGUUUUGUAGUAAUGUUUUGCUGGCCCGUUUGUCUUUUCCUCUCCUUUUUCUACUCAUAGUCUAAUUUCUAUCUUUCUUUCUAAUGUCUCUGAAAAUAUUAGCUUGUCUGCUCAGUAGGGGUCGGUGUAUGUGUGUCUUCCUUUUUACAGAAACGCACUACUGUGUUAAGUAUUUGGCUGGGAAAUGGGAUGCUGCAGCUUUAAGAGCAUUUUUUUUCAAUUCAUAACAGUAUUUCCCAUCCUCUUUUGCCUGCAGGCAGGGAAAGUGUAUGUACAGUAUUUAUUUUGUUUUGAUUUUACUUUAAAUUUGUAAGUUUCUAUAAGUAGUUCACAUUGAUUGUUCUAGGGGAGGACAAGUGGUUUUGUUUAAAUUUGUAUUUGAUAUUCAUAGUUUCCACUCUGUACUUUAAAAUACUGAAAUUAAAAAAUUGUAUUGCCUAUGUUUUGAUUUUAGCACUCUAAAGUGUUUAAUUUCUCCAGGCUUAUGCUCAUUUGUUCCCAUGUAAAUACAGAAAACUGUACAGAAUAUCAUGAGGAGAAAAAUGCUUUUGUAGGUCCAAUCUCUGUGCAUUUUAAAGAAGACAUUUUCUGGAGAAAUGUGAGAGGGAAUAUUCUUGUACUUUUUCUUUUAUUUUUCAAAGUGCAAAUCUCAUUUCAAUCCAAGUAUGUUUUAUGGCAACUAAAUGCAUUUUGUGAAGAUGUGAAUACUCGUUUUGAAUCCUGAUAUAAAAGGGUGGUGGAAGUGUUUGUGAUUGAUCAUAUUAGCAGAUCUAGAACUGCAAGAAGGGUGUCAAAUGGUAUUUUCAUGUUCUUGUUUUUUGUUCAGGUUUGUCUCAUGCUACUGAUGACUGACUCAUAUCUUGAUUAUUUUUUUUAAAUUACUUUUAUUUUUCCUUUAAGUGUAUGCAGUUUCUGGAAGAAGAGCUUUCUCUUUCACGCUUCCAUGUACUUUGUCAUACUUGCUUACAUCCUGGAUGACUUCUUUUCUGAUUUCUUUAAAUGCAUGUCAUCAUCUAGUUUACAGCUGUCAGCGUUCCCUGUUUUAACUCCCUAUGGCAGUACAGAGUUUGCAUGUGGGUACUCUACUUGGGGGUAAUGGAAGCAUUACUGUGUUGCACUCCAACUUCACGUAAUGCAUUUUCUUCUGCAGAUAGUAGUCCACGCUACUGAACUGCCUCAGUGCUGUGAUGGGCAGAUCCUUAGGUUCCACUGACAGUCAUUUUAUGAGAACCUUAGAUAAAUGAUACAGCAGUGGCAUUGGAAGAACCAGGUGUCAAAAAGUGUUUGAUUUGAGCAUCCUCUGCAGCUGCUCAAGUUUACUACUUAGCCUGGCUUUUAGUUUACAGAGAAUUUAUGGUUGACUGUAAUAAGUAGGAGAUCUGUUCGGAGACAGGACUUCAUUGUGCCAGGUGCUUUACAGGCAAAAACCAAGAAUGCUGAUCUCGUGAAACCAUGUACUGCUUGAGUAUAAGAUGGGAAUAGUUAAAAAGCCCCAACAAAAAAGUUCUGUGGCCUGAAGUUUAAAACAUGGUAGUGUUGUAGAUUUUGGUGGCAGAAACUUCUGUGCUGUUUCAAAAACAAGUUUUGAGUGGAGUAAGAAAUAGUGAGGAAAAAUAAUUAUUUAAGUACAGGGGGGAAAGAUUAAAUAUUCAUAUGUCCAGAAAUCAGUUCCUGCUGUAUUUUGACAUGCCUUUACAUCUUUUCAAUUAAUGUGUUAAAACUAAUUCUAAAUUUGGUUAGCCAAAGAUUUGCCAAAGAUCUGAAAGAGCUGUUUUUCUAUUAGAGCAACCACAUAUUUUGAAAAAGUCUUGAUCACUGUGAUUGAAGAGCAAUGCUACAACCUAUGCAUUUCCAUCAGACUCACUCAUCUGGGUUUGUCACGCUGAACUUGCUCAUACCAAUGUUUUGGUCUUAAAAGAAAGCGAUAGACUUGAGGGCACCUCAGUGGGCCACAAAUACAAGUUUCAUACCCAUAUAAAAACCUAUAUAAGCACCUUUACUAUUUGUCCUUUUGUUUUGCAAGCUAUGCUCCAGAGCUUUCCUCUGUGACUGCUUUUUGGUGCAUAAUUGGUAGGAUAAUACACUGGAAAAUGUGUGAAAUAUCUCGAAAGUGCUUCUUUACAUGCUACUGGAUAGCCUUGAGCACCUGGAGCCAUAUUUCCAUUAAAAGUCAGUUCCUGGUUUCUUACUUUUCUAUUUGAGGAGGAUUGUUCUUCCCUAAUGGACAGACGUAUUUUGAAGAUUUCAAGGCUACCAAAUUGAGACAAAAGAACCGAAUUUCUAAAGUCAGGGAAUGGGCAAGAUAUUCUUGGUAUCUGAAGACUAAAGUUGUUGGGUUUGUUUCUUUCUUUUUGGUUUGGUUUUUUUUUUUUUUUUCUUAAUCAACAGUCUUCUACUGCAUUUGAGGUAGAGUACCCCCUUGUAAAGUGCCUACAAACUUGGGUUUGUGUCCAUUUAGUGAAGGUCAACUCUCUGUCUUGAGGACUUGUCAUGACCUGCUUAAGUUGUGAAGCUAUUGUGGUGGUGGCUCAUUAGUUAAUAGAUUCAACCAAAUCUUUUCUUGUUUGUUUUGUUUAGAUAUAACUUUGGAUUGAUGAUGGAAACCUAAGUAGUAGAAUUAAUACGAAGUCAAUCAUGCUGAGUGUUGGUUUCUAUAGAAACUUUUUUUGUAUAGAAGUAUUUCUCCUGGGAGCCCUUGAAAUUAUGCUUUUACUGCUGGUAAGUAAUGUAAACUGUCUCAAGCCAAAAGUGAAUGAAGACUGAAACUGUAAAACCAGAAUGUUAUUGUUACUCAUUCUGAUACAGCCAGGAAUUUUAAAUGCCUUUGUUUCUACAGUGGUCAAUGACUAAAGUCUUCACCUGCAGAAGAAAUAGCUGGGUGAUAAAGACAGUGAAUAAAGUCUCUCAUUGCCAGAGCUCAUAGUAUUCCACCUAACAGGCGGCUAAUAGGACAGUUUGCUUUGUCUAGACUAAGGUCUGAUUUCUCUGAAGCCAAUUAUAUUCAGUCUUUAGAAUAAGUACUGCAAAUUUUUGAAGAAUUGUGUUUGGCUUAAUAGAUCUAUUUAUCUGUACUGCUCCUGCUGUAUUUGCUUUGGUCUUGGAAAAAAUACUCUACUUUGGAUCAUGUAAGUCAACUAAAAGAACAGUAUACAAAGA